ACGGCCAAAGCGACGGGUUCUUUCCUUUCGUCCGUUCGCGGAUGGGGAAGUACAUGCGGAAGUGCCGGGCCGCGGCCGCGGCCGCGGGCGGCGGCAAGGCGGCGCCGGCCGUCGUGGAGCACCGCGCGCCGGUGGCCCUCGGCGUCCGCACGCGGUCCCGCGCGGCCGCCCUCAACGCGAAGAUGAGGAAGCAGCAGCAGGCGACGACGUCCACGGCGGCGCGCGCGGUGGAGGAUGCGUUGCUGGGCCGUGACGGCGGCGACGCGGCCGCCGGGUGCUACCUGCAUCUCCGGAGCAGGAGGCUGUUCAUGCCUGCUUCCGCGGCGGUGGAUCAGCUCCGGGGACUUGGGGCGGACGAGGAGGCUUCGACGGCGGGGCUGCCGGAUUCUCGGCCCUCGGUGGAGGCGGCGGUCGUGGCCGGGGUCUCGCGCUGCUCCAGCACCGCGUCGACGGCGGUGGACGUGGCGGCUAGAGAGAGGAGCGGCGACGAAGCGGAGCAGGCGUGCGAGAGUGGCGACGUGGAGAGCUCCGUCAGCGACUCUGAGUGCGGCGGCCGGGACAGGAGGGAGACCACGCCGUCGAGCCGUUCCCCGGCAGAUUUGAGCGACCUGGAGUCGAGCCAGGCGGCGGACGAGCAGAAGCACAAACGCAGGAGGUAUCCGGCAACAACGACGACGACCGCAGCGCCAUUCCGCUUAGACUUGGAGGCGAGAGCAAGGAUGCCACCGGCGGCAGAGAUCGACGAGUUCUUCGCCGCCGCGGAGAAGGCCCAGGCCGAGCGCUUCGCCGCCAAGUACAACUUCGACGUCGCGCGCGGCGUGCCUCUCAACGCCGGCCGGUUCGAGUGGACCCCGGUGGCCACCGUCUGAGGCUCUGAGCAUGAUGCAAAAUGACGGGAAGCUAGCGGCGGCGCGCGUAGAAAGGGAAGGCCUGCUGGGAGUGAAAAGAGACGCUGAUCCAACCCGCAAAGGAAAACAGUAAAGAGAAAGAGGAGUGAAAAAAGAACAGAAUAAUCCCAUGCACAGCAGCCUAGAGCUAGCUAUGCAACACUAGCUCUCUCUCUCUCCCCAUCCAAAUUGUUCAAAUUCGCUCCAGUUUUUAACUUCUUCUGAUUUUUACCUUUCA